CGCGCGUAACGUUGGCGGCUCGCUGGCCCGCUGACCGCUGUUUUUCUGGUUUUUCUAAAUCUCCUAACCUCAAAAUCGAAUUUGUUUUUCAUAAGAAAUCUCGCGGUUAUUCUGUAAUUUUUUUCCAGUGAUUUUAUUGCAAGAACAUUAGAAUAGUGUUGUAUUUACAAUAUGGGGAAAGAAACUGAUCCGGAAAGCCCGAAAAAAAGAAGAAAAACCGUGACCACCGCUCCUGGAACUCCUACCAAGGACGGAGAUAUGUACAAAACCAUAAUAAGCUAUGAAGAGAAAGAAGCUAUGGAUAGGUCACCAGAAGAAGAUUCAAAGAAUUUUCUUUCCUGCUGUGAGACAGUUCGCAGAGGAAUGAAUGAAAUUGCACAGCUCAAGGCUAGCGACGAUCCAAGCGCUAAAGAUCAGGUCAGAGAAUUACAAAUCCAAACAUCUCUUGCAUUUCUUGAAUUGAAGAAACUCAACAGAAUGGAAAAGUUCAGAACCAAGUUUGCAAGAGAUUCUUUGACAGCUGCAAAAAGUGCUGUUGACAGCAAACAUCUCCAACUACAAAACUUGCUGUAUGAAGUAAUGCAUCUAAAAAAAGAAGUCAUAAAGUGUUUACAAUUCAAGUCCAAAGAUGAGUCUAUAGAACUGGUGUCGUUGGAAGAAUUCUAUAGAGAAGCACCAGAAACUAUUUUACAAAAAGACAUAACUGAUAUGAAUGCCCACCAGCUGAAACUUGCUCGCCUCGAAUGGGAAUUGAUGCAAAGAAAACAAUUAGCAGCGCUGUGCGACGAGCUAUCGGACAGUAAAAAAGGUGUUGCCUCGAGUAUAGAAACGAAGCAGGAGCGACUGGACAAUCUCGGGCCUCAGCUUCGUACGAUUCUCGAAGCGAGCAAGCCUCUUCAGGAUAGUUUUGGUUUGCCUUUAGAUAAGAUUCACCAGGAGCAUCAAAAAGCUGCAUUGCUCGUUUCGCCUCUGUAUGUACUUUAUGCCAAAACUUCAGCAUACAGAGACGCAUAUGAACCACUUUUAUGCGUGAGCGUCGAGGGUGACGAGGAUGAGGCAAAACGAAUAAAUAAUCAGGAAAAUUCCCAAGACUCUGAUUCGGAUCAAGAAACACAAUCGGAAAGUGUAGUAGAAGAAAUUCCAGUUCAUAAGAAGAGACACCACAGAUUAUCGCGCGAGGCAAGACAGGAAGAGAAAAAAAUGCGUCUCCUUCAGAGGCACCCGCUGAGUGUUCAAAUCGUCAUCACUUUAUCCAAUGAAAUCAAACUCACUCUCAAGUUUUUCUACAUGACUUACUUAAGAGUCAUUACCGUGGAAUCGAAAUUGGAUACUAAAGAUUGCGGAGGUAUCACAGCCGGAGACAUGCUGAUUUCCGAGUCGGUACUUCGUGAAUUGUAUCCAAAAGAUCUGGGUCUUGACAGUCCAAAUCCUGCGAAUAAUUAUCAACUCAUGCGACACAAUCUUCCAUCAUUCGAUUCCCUUGGAGUCGGAAUUCCUUAUCGAUGGGCUCAACGAAUGGCUGGACUGCAUUUUCUGUCGUUAGAUGUCAACGAGCAAAAGCGAACGAAUCAAGAACUUGCGCAGGAUAGUACAGAGAGUGUUUUACGAGAAAUAAAACGACGUGUUAAAGCACGCCUCGAAUUGUGUAACGAAAUAAAACUAUUGGAGGAAGGACAUUUUCCCCCUGUGGCAAUAGGAACUGAACCGAUGCCGGAAAAAGUUGUAACGGAAGUUCAUCGAUUCACGACCGCAACGUGGAAAAGUUAUUCCACCAGUCCGGAUACUCUGGGCUUCUGUAAAAAGGGGCUAGUCACACCGGUCGACAUGUUUUACGAAGCGAUACUUCGACGCGGGGGAUAUGAAUUGAUCGCACGAAUCGCCAUAAAGCCGGAUUACCCAAAAGUCUCACCGGUAUUCAGCAUAAGUCUGAAUCCUUCGAUUCCAUCGUCGAUCGAUGUAGUUAGAGAUAUAGAACGUGAGGUUAACGUAAUGUGGAAAAAGCCGCCUACACUUUCGUUACAAUUACAACGUCUUCGCGCCUGCUUCGACAUUUACCUUGAAACAGAGAAACUCGUACCCUCGCGCGAGCAGAUAUUCUUCCAUUCGGUAAAAGGACGAACUCGUGCUCGACCGUACAAGUACGUUGCGUUAGGAGGGGGCGUAUUCACACAACGUUGAGGUUAUGUUCGACCGAGAACGAUGAAAUGUGAAAAAAACUGUAAAUUGUUCGACGAUCCCUUUUAAUUGAAUAAUUAUUUUGACACUGCUACUAAAAUAUAUCAUUUCAUCACUUGUU